CUUCGAUCUCCUUCUCCAUAACCGCCACUUUCCCUUUCCUUUCUUCUCUCUUUCGAUCUCCUUCUCCUUCUCUGUCCGAAAUUGGCUCAAAUCAAACAUGGUCGUAUUCUCUGCUCCUUCAAUGUUCCUCAACGUCUCCUGAAUACUGCGAAUACUCUUCAUGGUGGGGGUUGAGAAGGCGUGUCCUUGUGGAUUGGGGAUUUGUUUGGUUCUUACUGCUAAUACGGAGCGUAAUCGCGGUCAGAAGUUCUUUCGUUGCCCUAAUCGUCAGAUGGUUAUGGCAAUCUCGGCUCGUGUGGGAGGAGAGGACUCAUUUUCCUUUCUGUCACUCUACCUUCUUUAUUCCCUUUGGAAGAAUAUGUCAAAGAUUUCAAUGCUGAAGCAGAAGAGAAUGUCAGUCCUUUUGAAUAUUGUGAUAUUGUUACAUCCACAACUCAUAAGAGUUUGUGAGGUCCUAGAGGAGGUAUAAUAUUUUUUAGGAAGGGCAAGAAACAAAGGAACAGAAGCUUGAUGAAUCCGUCUGAAGACAGUAAGCAGUAUGAUUUUGAGGAUAAGAUAAAUUUUGCUGUCUUCCUUGUUUUAAAAGGUGGUCCGCACAACAACCACAUAGUUGCUCUUGCUAUAGCUUUGAAACAGGUUGCUACCCUUGAGUAUAAAGCAUACAUGCAACAAGUUAGGAAAAAUGCUCAGGAAUUGGCAUCGGCAUUAUGCGAAGAAAAUGUCGGCUAAUAACUAGCGGCACAGACAAUCACUUGCUCCCCAAAUGAGCAAUCUCAGUGGCAAAGUUUCAAAGGAAAAAGUGAAUGACAACUUCCCACCAAAGUGAGUAUUACUGCAGGAAACCUUUACCCAUGGAUGAUAUUAUAUUGAAUUUUUUUUGGCACCUAUAGCGCCUUUCCAUGUUAUUUUUUGCAUUGGUUUAUGUCUGAUGGUUUGAAGGAAACUUUUGCUACCUCUUUUGUUCUGUCAAACCCGAAUUUCACCUGUCAUUUAUUCUUCUUGUUUAGUGGUCAGACUAGGUGUGGUAUCUAUUAGGUUGAGGUCAAGAAGUCAGCAAUGGUUGAGGUUUUUCUUGGAUGCUCUUGCCUCUCGGCAUGAUUAUUGAAAAUUAGCUGAAUUAGAUCUUUUAGUUACGACUCUAUGUUGUUGUUUGCUUUAAUCUCAGCUUCUCAGUGGUUUAGGAACUAUGAUAAAUAUGUUGUUGUUUAUGCUGUUUAAUCAUUAGAGUGUGAUGUUAGAUUUUUACCAGUUUAGUGUGAUAGUUAUUAAGCCAGAAAUGUAUAGAGUUUGUUUAGCUGAGAGCAAUGAAGUGAGAGUGCAACAUGUUGCUGAUCUUAUCUAUCUCAAAUCACUCGAACUUACCAAUGUAUGGCUAAAAGCUAUGUUACAUGGACCUAGGAACAGGUGUCGGACACGGACACAUGUCCAACUGUAAAAGUCACUUAAAUUUAUAUAAAUAAAUUACAUAUUACAUUAGCUUUGAAUUUUUCAUUACGUCCACCCCUAUUUUUUUAAUCUUAAUUCUUUCCUCGGUAAAUUAUCCUAAUAAAUGACAAUCUUCUUCCCUCCAUCUUCCCUUUAUCAAUGGUGGUCUUUGAACAAGAUGUGUUUUUCUUUCAUGUUUCUCCUCUUUUUUCCUCUCCACUCUUAAUGGAAGUGUCCGAGUGCACUGUGUAGGGUCGGACACGUGUCCGUGUUGUGUCGUGUUGACACGGAUACUUCACGAUUUUAGCCGUGUCCGAUUAACAUAGGCUAAAAGUAUGCCUAGUAUUUGUUUACUUUGGGUUAUGAUCAUGAUUUGAAGCUCUUACAUUGUUUAGGGUGCAUUUGAGCAGAUCCAUUACGCCCAUGUAAUUUAUUAGGACAAGAUAGCAUACCAGUUACAUGUUGCUUCAUAAUUAAGGGGAACAAAAUGGGUUUCUUAAGUUGCUUUCUCUCUAACAUGAUGUGUAAUUCAAUAUUCAUACCUUCUUAAUUGUCGUGCUUAACUGAAAUGGUUUGGUGAUUCUAACUGAAUAACAAUUGCUGCAAACACUGAAUUCUGAAUGUGUGUUCUAUUGCCUUUUCUUUUACUUACAUUCAUAUCUUAUAGAUUUGGGUGUUUUAUUUGCCAUAUUUGUUUUGGGGGGGUUGGGGUGAGGCUGUUUUUCUUAAACUGAGAUCGUGCAAGUUGCCUCAAAUCUCUAUUCCUCCUGCUUGUUUUCUUAGGCUGCUGUUUUAUCUGUUUUUUGCUGCUGUCAUGGUUUUCUGGUCAGGGUUUCAACUUGUUUGCCCUGUUCUGUGCUGGUGCCUGACUUGUUGGUGUUGUGUUGCUGUGUUUCUUGUUAGUGGUGUGUGUUGUUGUGUUUCUUGUUCAGGCUGUUAGGAUGCCUGGUCUGAGCUUCUGUCAGUGCUGCUUUGCUGACAAGUUGUUGUAUGUUUGUGCUGCUGUUGCACUGUUGUGCUGUUGGCCUGCUGGUUUGACAGCUCAUGUUGGGUCUGGUGCUGGCUGCCUAGCCGUGGUGUAGCUUCUGGUUGCUGUUUUGCUUGUAGCUGCUGUUGGGGUUGCUGGUCGUGGUGUGGCUGUGCUGUCUCAUUCUCUGUUGCAGGCUUGGGGUCAGUGGGAGCUGCUGCAGUCUGCUAUUUUUUGUCUUAGUUUUUAUUCUAUUUAUUAAAGAUGUAGUGCUCUUUAAUGAUGGUUAGGAAGGUACUCUAUUUUUAUUGACUUUGUGGUAUAUGCUGCCCUCAUUGCUUCAUUAUGCAUUUCUGAGCUUGAUUUUUCAUGUGAUGAUGAUAAAGCUCCAUCAGAUGUAUGACACAAAUAUUGAAGAAAAUAUAUGUGUUUUAUGUA